CCUCACACAUCCCACCUCACCACUUCGCGAUUACGUAAACCAACAGCAGGGACAUCCCACCUCUUUUAUAGCUUCAUCGGUGUCAUAUUUUCAUACUAGCCUUUCCACAAUGGCCGAUGAUCCGUUCGAGCCCAGCCUGUAUCGAGAACAGUACGAAGAGGCAAGGAAACAUUUCGACAGCGAGAAAAAAAAGUGUAUCGAGUUGGUAAAGAGUAACCUGACCGACCACACAAUUCCUCCAUACUAUAAAAUGCGUAACUGUAUUCUUAUAGUAAGCGCAAUGGACGACUGGAACAUCGCCGAUUUAUACCGACAGGACGCAGAAAUCCAAUACCGUGUGAGCCAUCACAAGGCCACUGAAAUGGAGGAUGAAGACUCUCUGGAAAUUUUGGAAGAGCUGAGAUAUGAGCUCGAUCAGCUGAAACAAAUGUUGGAUGAUGAUAUUGCGAAGGAUGCCGACAACGAGACGGACAGCUCUGACUUUGAGAUGGAAUACGAAGGCGAAGAAGCCGAAGCUGAGAACGCAUUUGGCUUUGAGAAUACCUACAUAGGUACUUGCGAUGUCGCCGAUGCAGAGAACGAGCUCGAGGUGGAGGCCGAAAAGAUCGUUCUUCCUAUACACCCAAAACCCAAGCCUGAACUCAAACCGGAGCCGGAGAAACGGCGCAGCAACAUCACUGCCUCCGUCAAAUCCAUAGAAAAAUUCAAGCCGCUCACACCAACUCGACCAGUCUUAACUACUCCAAGCUAUGCAAGAGGAACAGCAGCUUCCGUUGGACGUAGCUCAGGCCGCGCUGUGAUGCAAGGUGGCGCUAGUCUACAACGAGGCCUCGGGCUCAGCCCAACUCGGGAUGAGCAGCCCCGCGGAAAGUCGCCUAAGCGGCGUGGGAACGUUACCAACAUCGACUGGCAAUCACCCAAUAAAGCUAAGGAUGCUUGA